AUGGGAAACGCGACUUUUGAUGCUAUUUUGUUGAAGCCUGCCCUAGACCCGCCACCUGGUGUGGUGGCCGACUUUGCCAAUCCUGGUGGGAGCCACAAUCUUGGGUAUGGCAUCGUCAUCGCAACCUCUGCCAUAGCAUUCAUCGCCGUCGCAGCACGAUUGGUGAGUAGCUCCAUGGCUAAAAAGUUCGUCAUCGAAGACUUCUUGAUGGUUGCAGCAUUGGGCGUAUUCGCCGGAAAUCAAUACAUGACCUGGAACCUCUGCAGAUGGCCAGGUGUAUGGGUUCAUCAAUGGAACGUGGACAACAAGACACUCAUUGACUUCCUCCAUGGCUCGCAUCUGGGUGCUGUUUACUAUGGACCAGUCGCCAUGUGCAUAAAAGUCGCCAUCUUGGCUAAUUGGCUUCGCAUAUUCGUCCCAACAGGAACGCGCAACGCCUUCUACUGGACCCUCCAUGUGUUGAUCUGGACCAAUGUACUUUACUACACCAUUACGACCUUCACUGAAGUGUUCCGCUGCUGGCCGCGUGAGAAGAUCUGGAAUCCCUGGUUUGAAGGUGGCACGUGCUCUGUCGACGUGUUGGGACAGAAUCUCGCGACUAGUGUUCUGAACUUCAUCUCGGAUACAGUCAUCCUCGCUAUUCCACAAUGGGUGAUCUGGCAUCUGAAUAUGUCGCGCGACCAAAAAGUAGGCCUAUCCCUGCUCUUUGUCGUAGGUCUCGGGGCAUGGACCAUGGGGGUGGUGCGUACAGUAUAUUUCGUCAACUUACUCCACUCCGACGAUGUUACUUAUCAGAUGACUGGCGUCGCUUUAUGGACUAUCUGGGAGGUCACAACCGGUUUCCUUAUCAUGGGGAUACCCGCGUUUCCUCGGAUCGCCAAAGCUGUACCAGUACCGGAUGCCGUAUCAUCGUUUUUCCGCUCGUUGUCGAGCGGCAGCAGACAGAAUGGCUCAUCCAGACCAAAGAAAUGGCAGGUGAUGUACAAGCCGAAGUCUCGACAGCGUCGCAGCGUGUUUGAGGUUGAGAGCGAACUGAAUACGCACGACCUGUUGUCGACAAGCAGUGUUGAUGAUUCUAGAAGCAGAAGCGACGAUGUUCGGGACCCAGAGAUGGUACAUGACUCUACUGGAGCGUGGGUGCUCACACAUAGCAGUGAAGCUUACCAGCUGGCGAUGCACACGCUCGACCAGUACCGCGGCACCAUUGUCGUCUGCCGUUACUUCCCGCCACCAAUUCUUGCACGCCUAGAAUUGUUCGUAGACGUCCAAGCUCGAUUCAUCGAUUCUGUUGCACGAGUUGUGAUCUCUCAGCCUCAUCUACAGGUCGGAAUCACCGGGGAGCAUUCGAAGAACCCCACCUUCGUUCGUCUGGAUCACCUCGAUCUUCGCAACCACAUUCAAUGGAUUGAUGUAAAAGAUUUCGCCUCGUCACGGCAACAGUAUCUCAAGAUUGUGCAGGAUCAGCUUGACAUGAGAUUUGAAGACUUAUCGACUCGGCCGGGUUGGCGGGUGAUUGUCUUACAUCAGGCUGGGGCCGAAUCGAUGGAGGUGCUCUACGUCUGGAACCACCCACAUCACGAUGGCUCAAGUGGCAGAAUAUUUCACCAAAACUUGCUGCACCAACUCCGCGAAGCUUCUAAACAUGACAAGGAGCCAAUAAUCGAAGUUGCUAAGAAUUCGGAUAAGUGGAUUCUCAAUCUACCCGAUCCGACGGAUAGGCUACCACCGAAUCCGGAAAUUUUGUCUUCGUGGCCUGUAUCCCUAGGCUUCAUGCUACGGGAAGUCUGGAAAAGCCUGAAACCAGAAUGGAUCUUCCCGCCUGGCAACACGCAUGCACGCUGGGCUCCAGUCCAAGCAUCUCCUUACCGGACUCAGUUUCGCAACUUUGCAAUCGACAGUCAUUGUGUAACGAAAUUAGUAGAUGCUUGUCGUCAGCACCACACCACUCUCACAGGUCUUCUCCAGGCUCUUUGCCUAGUCUCACUUUCAACUGCGCUCCACGACGCAAGUGGCUUUGCAAGCAGAACACCGUACGACCUGCGACACAUUCUACCAUCCAACACUAAGCAGUACCCUUCGAUACAACCCAAAGAGCUCAUGUGUAACUACGUGUCAGUCGUUGAACACGAGUUCGGCUCUGACCUGGUCGAUUCAAUCCGCUCUCAAAUCCCAGUCACCUCUUCAGGAUCAAGAUUACCUCUAGAUGCGAUGAAUAUAGUGUGGUCUGUCUCUGCAAGAGUCCGCAAAGAGAUCAAGGCAAGAUUAGAGUCCGGCACACGCAACGAUCUGAUAGGUAUUAUGAAGCUAUGCCCCGACUGGAACAGCCAACAGCAAAGCGAGAUGCGCAGGACGAGGUAUCUGUCUUGGCUAGUUACCAACCUCGGUGUCAUCGACGGGGCAACUAGCGUCAGCGAUGGAGGUCAGGACGCCUGGUCGCUUCGUCGAGCCGAACUCAUCUUGAGUGCAGAGACACCUUCAGCUGCAUUCUCGGUGUCGAUCAUGACAGUCAAGGGUGGAGAGAUGUGUGUCACAUGUAGUUGGCAAGACUGCGUGGUUGAUACGGAACUUGGCGAGCGCUUGAUGAGCGACCUUCAACGAUGGUUGGAAGACAUCGGGUCGUGA